AUGGCAUCUAAAGCCCAGGCUACUUCGGUCGUUAGUGUUGGUAGUGCUUGGCCAAAUCGGCAGGAGUGUCCGCAAUGUGGGAGAUGUCACUUAGGCGAAUACCGAGUAAACGAGAUGGGCUGUUUCAAGUGUGGGUCACUUGACCACUUUAUUCGUAAUUGUCCUGAGAUGGAUGAGAGAGGAAGAAAACAAGAUAUGAAAGCAAGUAGUGCUCCCUUGAGAAGUAGCCCACAAAAGAACCCCAGGAAUGGGACUAGUAGUAGAGGCGCGCCAAGAGGUACCACGACGAGGUCUGAAGGUAGAGCGCCAGUGAGGACCAAUGCUAUACGUGCCCGAGAAGAGGCAGAGUCUCUCAACGUGAUCAAGGGUACCCUUUCUAUCUAUGAUAUAACUAUUGUUGCUUUAAUUGACCCGGGAUCUACUUACUUUUACAUUUCCAACUUGAUGUUGUUGCCUUUUAAUGAAUUCAAUGUAAUUCUUGGGAUGGAUUGGCUGACCUCCCACGGUGUUGUAGUAGACUGA